AUGGCGCAAAAACCUCCUCGUAUUCUCGAAUACGAACGACAAGCCGAACAACGCGCAAAAGAACAAGAUGAAAUGGCACUAGCUCAAGAUCGCAUGUUGGAAGCUCAAUCACGUAUUCAAGAUGAGGCGAAUCGGAUUGCGCAGGAACAGUAUGAGAUGGAACAGUAUUAUGAGACGGAGGCGUUGAAACAUGCAGAGGAGAUGAGGUUGCAUCUUGAGGAGGUGAGGAGACAUGAGGAAUUUAUGAGGAAACAUGAACGGAGACUUAAAGAUCAUGAGGCGAGUAUGGAGGCUUUUGCAAAGGUUAUUGCUAUGCCUGCGAAACCGACGAGGGCGAGACAAAUUUCUUUUAUGGCGUCGCAGAAUUUUGGUGGGGGGAGUGGGAUUGGGAAUGGGAAUGCGAAUAAUGGAGGGAAUGGGAAUGGGAGUCCCAAUGGAAAUGGAAAUGGAGUUCUUAUGACACCGCCGAGAUUACAACCUGCGUUUCCGGGUUGA